GUGACGUCAAGCGCGUGAACUUUGAAAAAUGGGCGCGAGCAGGAAGCAGCGAUUCAGGAGCUUUCGCUAUUUUUAUUAAGAUAAACAAACAAGUAAAUUCAUAUUUCAUAUUAACUAAACGCGUAGUCCUCAUCAUGUCGCUCCUGAGACCGUUCAGUAAAGUCCCCGAGCUGAACACCGCUACUGUCCUCUUGGUUGAGAAUGAAGAGGAGCUUCAGACCAAACUAGCCGACGCCAUUGUACAGUAUGAGAAAGAGUUCAACGUCAAUGUUCGGCUGGCCAGAAAACUGCCUCUGCCUGUGGAGAACAAGGACACUCGACCACGCAUCGAUUUAAUAGUUUUCAUAAUCAGUCUACUGUCCGAGCGCAGUCUUCAGUCAGUGGAGAGCUCUCUCGCUCAUCUGCACUCAGACUGUUUCCUGGGGAAGGUGUGUUUCCUGGUCACUGAUGCUCGCUGUGGCUCUCGCACUCAGGAGCGUUUGGUCAGCGUGAGAAAACUGGCUGCUUCACAUCAGUGUCCCGUCCUCUGCGCUGAGCACAGGACUGCAGAUGGUGUGAUCGCAGCAUCCGUGCGGAUCCUCAACAUCCUGAAGGUUUCGGCGGGAAUGUCUCCCAUAGCAACGACUGCCCUCUACCUGUCCUCUCUGACCCGCUGCUCUGCGACCUCUGACCUCGAGGAGGACUGACCUCUGACCAGAUCAGUCCGUUACUCUGUGAACUGCAGUAAGAUUUAGACUGAGGUGUUGCUCUUCCCCAUGUGACCUCUGUCUGCUGUGCUCACUCAUAUUCACUCGCAAACCUCCAAACCAGCAGGGGGAGCCAUUGGGUAGCUAAUGUCUCUCUCCUGAACAAUUAUACCUUUACAAUAUUUAUAAAUAUUUCAGAUUUUAACUAAAUGACUCUCCUGUUUUAAUGUGCUAUCUCAGUUUGAUGUUUUUACAGUUAAAUAAAUAUUUGUCAUAUAUUUAC